AUGUCUUUCCGACUCUCUAGUGGAUCCAGGCGGGUCUGCUCACAAGCUGGCUCUGGUCGACUGCCUGGUGGAGGAACAGACUUCAGGGCUGGGAAUAUGUGCGGUGGGUCAGGAGCAGGAAGCAGCUUUUCUUGUACUCUUGGGAGUGUUUCUUCUGGAGGAGGUUUCUGUAAUAGUGGUGGAGGGUUGGGAAGCGGUGUCAGCACUGGGUUUCUUGGAAAUGAACAGGGCCUCCUCUCUGGGAAUGAAAAGGUGACCAUGCAGAACCUCAAUGACCGCCUGGCAUCCUACCUCGACCACGUGCAAGCUCUGGAGGAAGUAAACACAGAACUGGAGCAGAAAAUCAAUGGCUGGUAUGAGGAAUAUGGGCCCGGUUCUUGCUGGGAACUCAAUCAUGACUAUGGUAGAUACUUGUCAGUCAUUGAAGAUCUUAAAAGGCAGAUUAUUUCUGUGACCGCCUGUAACGCCAGCGUUCUUCUACAAAAUGACAAUGCCAGACUGACCGCUGAUGACUUCAGGCUGAAAUAUGAAAAUGAGCUUGCCCUGCACCAGAGCAUUGAGGCCAACAUCAACGGUCUUCACAGAGUCAUGGAUGAGCUGACCCUUUGUACAACCGACCUGGAGAUACAGUGUGAGACACUCAGUGAUGAACUGACCUACCUCAAAAAAAGUCACGAGGAGGAAAAGAAAAUCCUGCAGUGUGCAGGUGGGGGGAAUGUGAACGUGGAGAUGAACGCAGCCCCAGGAGUGGAUCUAACCGUUCUGUUGAACAACAUGAGGGCUGAGUACGAGGAUUUGGCUCAGCAGAACCAUAAAGACGCUGAGGCCUGGUUUAACCAGAAGAGAGCUUCGCUGCAACAGCAGAUUUCUGAUGAUGCAGGAGCAGCCACAGCAGACAGAAAUGAGCUGAUGGAACUGAAACGCAGUCUGCAAACCUUGGAAAUAGAACUUCAGUCCCUCAUGGCCAUGAAACAUUCCUAUGAAUGCUCCUUGGCCGAGACGGAGGGCAAUUACUGCCUUCAGCUCCAGCAAAUCCAGGAUCAGAUUGGGACAAGGGAGGAACAACUACAACAGAUUCGAACAGAGACAGAAGGCCAGAAGCUGGAGUACGAACAGCUUCUAGAUAUCAAAAUAUUUUUAGAAAAAGAAAUUGAAACUUAUUGCAAAUUAAUAGGUGGAGAAGAAAGAAAAAGCAAAUCUACAUGCAACAAAUCGAAAGGACGCGGGCCUGUAAAUUCCAAAAGUCACAUCAAAGACUCCAAAGAAGAAAUUGUUGUCAAAACAGUGGUUGAGAAACUGGAUCAACUCAGCAAUGUCCUUUCACUGAGAGUCCACUCGGUGGAAGAAAAAUCCUCUAAAAUAAGCAACAUUACAGUAGAGCAACGAGUACCUUCCAAAGCCUCAUAA